CGAGUGAUCUGAUUGGUCCGGAGUUUCCGAGCAGAGCGCAGGCUGCACUGAAACCUCCAAGUCAGAAAAGCGAAAGUCAGUAAGGACAGCAACUUCCAAAGUCGGCUUUGUUGAUGUAAAUGAUAUCGAAUAUGUAUAAAGAUUUAGGUGGAGCUGGAAUGGAAGACGAGGAGGAGUUUGUGGACAUAUUGGAGGAGAGGAGGCAGAGCAGUGAUAUAGGUUUUGCGUUCAGGACCUUUAGCGCUCAGCCGUACAAAGGCACUCCACCUUGCUCCACUGCUGAACUCAACCGGGCCGUGCUGGAGUCCCAGUAUCUGUGCUAUGUGGCCAAAGAGAUCGCCAUGGAGACGGGGACGUCUAUGGAGAAAGUGAUAGAAGAGGCCUCUGGGCUUCUGAACGAAAUGUCUCAAAACCUUCAGCUGGGGUUUAUCAGGCUGAUGGGCUACACAAUGAACAAGGUGUUCAAGAGACUCUUCAGCAGCAUCUUCGUCAACAUGGAAGGACUCAACGCGCUCCAACAAGCCACGCAGGAGACUCCUGUGAUCCUGAUGCCCAAUCACAGGAGUUACGUGGAUUUCUUGGUCAUCUCCUACAUCCUUUUCAGCUACGACAUCCCUAUCCCAGUUAUUGCUGCAGGAAUUCCUCUAGCAGGGAUGAAGAUUGUGGGGGAGAUACUGCGUCGCUCUGGAGCUUUCUUCAUCCGCCGUGCCAUUGGCUCUGACAAACUCUACUGGGCCGUGCUAUCAGAAUAUGUCCGAACUAUUGUCAGGAAAGGAGUUGCUCCUCUGGAGUUUUAUGUAGAAGGUUUCAGAAGUCGCACGCUUAAAGCUCUCACACCAAAGUUAGGUAUGAUGCACAUGGUGCUGGAGCCGUUCUUUAAAGGAGAGGUAUACGACAUUACAUUGGUGCCCAUCAGUGUCAGCUAUGACCGGGUUCUGGAGGAGUCAUUGCUUGCACGUGAGUUACUGGGUGUCCCCAAGCCCAGAGAGAGCACCAUGGGUUUGCUGAAGGCCAGCAAAGUUUUGCAGGAAGAUUACGGUAACAUGCAUGUGAACUUUGGCCGUCCCAUGUCUGUCCGGGAGUUGUGUGAGGGAAAGAUAAACCGUUGCCAGUACAACCUCAUACCCAGAGAUCUUCCUCAGCAGCCCACUCCUGAGGUCCAGGACUGUGUGAGCUGUGUGGCUCAUCAGGUGAUAAGAAUGCAGGAGCAGGGCUUUUUUAUUAGCCCCUGGUCUCUGAUGGCCUGCCUGUUGCUCCACGUCCCAACCCCAGUGUUAACAGGAGAGGGUCUGCUGUGGCAGGAGCUCACAGAAAAAACCUUGUGGCUCAGAAAGCUGGUGCUGGACUUUGGGGCUCGUUUGAACUGGCCUGAACAAGUCCCUGACUUGGAUGUGUUGUCAUCCGCCGCGGCCCUUCAUUGCUCCGUUGUUCACCGUAAAGCGGGGCGUGUUUACCUGGUUUUGGAGGAAGAGCCUGAGAGAAGACAUCCAGUAAGCCCAGAGGAGGAUGUGAUGAGGAUGGCGGCUGCAGCUCUGAUCUUGGUUUCCUAUAGAAAUCAGUCCUUGCAUGUUUUUGUGCGUCCAGCCAUGCUCGCCACAGCCAUGCACAUCACAAAAAGCACACAGAGAGAUGAGCUCCUUCACUUCUUCUGCUUCCUGCAGGAUGUUUUCUCUCAUGAAUUCAUCUUCAUCCCCGGGAGAUCAUCUCAGGACUUUGAGGAGGCAUGUCAUCUUCUUCAGAAAUGUGGUUCAGUCCACAUCAGUCAACAAGAAGUGACUGUUUCAGAUGCAGGCCUGGAGGUGUUAUCCUUCCUGCAGGAGCUGCUGAAACCCUUCAUAGACUCUUAUCAGCUGAUGUUCCGGUACCUCUGUGAGGUGGGAGAUAGUGUAUUCACAGAGAAACAGUUCCUCCCUGCUGUGCGAAACAUGGCAACAAAGCUAAUCCUCUCGGGUGAACUCAACACCUAUGAAGCCCUUUCGUCCGACGUGCAGAAAAAUGUUUUGUCUGCGCUGCGAAGGCUGGAGGCUUUGGCAAAGUUGAAGAUAUCUGAGAACAACGAAUACAAAGUGAAUAAAGCAGCUGUGAGAAGAAUUGGAGACGUGCUCGCUGGGAAAAUCCCUCCCCAGUAUCUCCAGGCCACACCUGACGCCAGACUUUAGUUUGGGUUGUAACGGAUGCAUCCUCAGCGUCUGCCCACGGUGCUGUUUUCACUUCUAAUAUGACUUUCUCUGGGUUUCCUUAUUUUCAUUUAUCUGUCAUGUUAUGUUGUAAUUAGAAUUGCUGUUCCUGCAUUUUGAGGCCUCAAAUUACUGUAUCCUCCAUGUCAGAGGUCAGACUUAUUCACGUUGUGUUUCAUUUUGAAUGCUGGCUACCAGCAUUGUCACCCAUCACGGAUCUGAAAUCACAGCAGCUUCACAUCAAAGGCAUAGAAUGCAUGUUUUCCACAUGUGUGUUGAACUGCUUCGUGUUGGAUGUAUGAGGAUUCACACCUCUCGCCUUUUAAUUUCCGUGUGUGCAUGAUCUUUUUAUAUAGCUUUUGCCUUUAACGAAUGGCCAUAAAUCCAUGCUUGAGGUGACUUAAAAGUGAAGAUUAAAGAAUUGGCCAGUUGGAAUUUGUGGCUAAUCAAAUGCAAUUCUUGAAAUUGUAAGAAAAUUGCCAUCAUAUGGUUUUUAAACUACAAGGGUAGGUGUACUGCUGCUGAUGUGAGUUUAGUCACAUAAGUAACAAAGUAUUUUGGUGAAACACAUGUACCUCUUGUGAUUGCACAAGGCUGGAGAGGGGUCCAAGCUGCAGCCAAGAUGUGCAAGUCAUGCAGAUGCUGUGUAGAUGCUCCAGUUUGUAAAAUUUGGAGCGCAAAUGAAAAUCCUGAGGUUCAGAAAAGACUGCACAUUUUACUGGUGUGAAGCCAGCCUCGAGUAUGAAGCAAAACAUGUCAGACAUGGCGAGCUAAAGGGGGCAGCAUUUAUUUUAAAGCCAUAAUCAGAACUUUCCUAACCUA